GCCCAUGGGAGGGUGGCAUGACCUUGCUUCAUCCCCGGCCGCGAAGACGCGGCGUGACCUUGGCUAAGUCCCCACUUCCCCAUCCGCUAACUGGCGAGGCUGGACCGGAGGGUCUCCGCCCGGCCGCUAGGCGUCUUGCGCGGGUACCCCUAUCUCCCUGGGCUGCCUCCGCGCGUCCCACCAGUCCUACGUCUACGCUGCAGGCGUAGUAGCCGCCUGGAGACUUGCGGCCCUCUCUUUUCAGACGCUGGUUUCCGCCGCGCAGACUGGGUGGGCGCGAUUCCCGAACGCGGCCUGCGCUGCGAGCGCGCGGCCGUCCCGCAGGCCGGUGCGGCCUUACGCCGCUGACGCAGCGCGCUCAAGAUGGCGGCGCAGUCGUCGUCGGGGGUGGCGGCGGCAGAGGGGGCGGCGGCCCUGGCGGCAGCGGAGACGACAGCCGUGACGGUGGCAGCGGCGGCGCGGGAUCUGGGCCGAGGGGAAUGAGGCGGCCGCGGCGGGCCAGCGGCGGAGCCGUGUAGCGGAGAAGCUCCCCCUCCCUGCUUUCCUUGGCCGAGCCGGGGGCGCGCGCGUGCGCGGCCGUCCGGAGCGGGCUCCCCACCCCUCGACUCCCGCGACCCGCACCGCACCCCCACCCGGGCCCGGAGGAUGAUGAAGCUCAAGUCGAACCAGACCCGCACCUACGACGGCGACGGCUACAAGAAGCGGGCCGCAUGCCUGUGUUUCCGCAGCGAGAGCGAAGAGGAGGUGCUACUUGUGAGCAGUAGUCGCCAUCCAGACAGAUGGAUUGUCCCUGGAGGAGGCAUGGAGCCCGAGGAGGAGCCAAGUGUGGCAGCAGUUCGUGAAGUCUGUGAGGAGGCUGGAGUAAAAGGGACAUUGGGAAGAUUAGUUGGAAUUUUUGAGAACCAGGAGAGAAAGCACAGGACGUAUGUCUAUGUGCUCAUUGUCACUGAAGUGCUGGAAGACUGGGAAGAUUCAGUUAACAUUGGAAGGAAGAGGGAAUGGUUUAAAAUAGAAGAUGCCAUAAAAGUGCUGCAGUAUCACAAACCCGUGCAGGCGUCAUAUUUUGAAACAUUGAGGCAAGGCUACUCAGCCAACAAUGGCACCCCAGUCGUGGCCACCACGUACUCAGUUUCUGCUCAGAGCUCGAUGUCAGGCAUCAGAUGACUGAAGACUUCCUGUAAGAGAAAUGGAAAUUGGAAACUAGACUGAAGUGCAGAUCUUCCCUCUCACCCUGGCUCUUUCCACUUCUCCUCACAGGCCUCUUCUUUCAAAUAGGCAUGAUGGGCAGCAGAGAAAGGGUAUAUUGAUAAUGUUGCUGUUUGGUGUUAAGUGAUGGGGCUUUUUCUUCUCUUUUUAUUGAGGGGUGGGGGUUGGGUGUGUAAUUUGUAAGUACUUUUGUGCAUGAUCUGUCCCUUCCUCCUCCCAUCCCUGCAGUCCUCUGAAGAGAGGCCAACAGCCUUCCCCUGCCUUGGAUUCUGAAGUGUUCCUGUUUGUCUUAUCCUAGCCCUGGCCAGACAUUUUUCUUUGAUUUUUAAUUUUUUUUUUUAUUAAAAGAUACCAGUAUGAGAUGAUAACCUUUCAAGAAUUUGUCCUAUAAUAUGCUGUACAGUUGAGUAGGGUGGUCGCUUUCAUUGCAGGAUACAUUUAUCUACACAUUAUAUAUUGGACAUAUAAUAUGUAAAUAAAUGACUUCUAGAAAGAGAAAUUUAACUGUUUAAUUUUUUAAGGUUUUUUUCUCUUUUAAUUUGGGCAUUUCUGGAAUUGAGAGCCUUAGAGUUAAUACAGCUUUUUGUUUUUGAUGCUAGUAGCUGGGGAGGUUACCCUGUCCUCUUUCCGUUUCCUAGCCAUCGACUGUAGUUACAUAGGUAUGGGAAGAGUUUAGCUACCUUCAUAGUGCUCCCAGGAUUCAUGGCCUUUCCUUCUUUAUGCUGUAUUUCCAUGCCAAGAAGGAAACCAGAAGAAACUUUUUUUUUGUUUGUUUUUUGUUUUUUUUUAAAGCAAGCUAUGAGCAAAUGGCCUCAGCCCAGAUCUGGAAAAACAAUGAUAGAAAUUGAAUUCUGCCCCACAUGUUGACAGUAGGGUAAACUGGAUUCUUGGGGUUAUUUAUCUAAAAAACUGGAGCUCAGGCACUGUUUCUGUCCUGCUGAUUUGGAACCUUUUCCGUAAUGCUACUUAUUGCCAACAAUAGCCUCUCUUCCUGUCCAUAUAUGCCUUAUGCUGUGCUGACCUGGAUAUCAUCCUUGUACUCUGAAGCAUCCAACUAUACUUUGCAGGUGCAUCAAUGCAGUCCUGUCCCCACACUGGGUAACCGUGUUCCUGAAAAGUAUGUGGGAGAAAUUCAGGUGCUUGCUUGUCUUUGUAAUGGUGCGGCACUUGUGAUUGCAUCAUGGAGCAUGCUCAGAGCUAUUAAAUUGGUCUCCCAUCUCCCACCAGGAUGUGAAAGGUCCACAUGAGAAGCCACGUAAUCAUUUAUUAGAGUGGCUACAUAAUACACUGGCUUACUGCAGACUCUCUUGUUGGUUUUUUAUACAGGUUUCAUGCUGGCUUCAUUUGCAAGUUGUGGUGUUUGGUUGGGAAGUAAGAGGGUCUUGAGAUUGAGGGAUAAAAAGGGGUACACUCACUGAUCCCUGGCUUAGGACAGGAGAUUGUCUCAGUACUCCAGUGGCAUCUCCUUAGCCAAGAUGUGAAAUUAAAAUCAUAGUUCACCUUAUUUAAAAAUUCCAAUAAAGCACUCAAACUUAGAAAAGCUUUUACUUUUCCGUCCCACUAAAAGAAAUGUGUCUUGUAGCCCUGUGUCACUUUGUGUUCAGCACUUUUGGUAACAUCAUUUGGUGAACUUUAAAUUUUGCUCUCUACUCUUAGUUUAUAUCCUCUCUCCCAGUCUUGAAACACAGGGCCAAAGAGCAAUUGUAAUCUUGGGAUCCCAUGAUACCUCUAGGAAAGGAAUUACAUCCCCAGAGAAAGGUCCCAUUGGAUAAGAACAGCACCGUGGGGCUUGAGUCUGAAUGCCAACUUGCUAUACACACAUUCUUCUUAAAAAUGAACACACUGUUUCUUAUCCUCACUUAAAGCAUUCUAAAGUUCUGUUCAAAUAAAUAAAGGGGAAAAUAAAGUAGAUUUAACCACAUGCUAAAUGAAAUUCAAGAAAACACAUUGUUCCAGAUAAAUUCUACCUUUAUGGUUAUGGAUUUGAAAGUAUUUUGCAGGAAAAUAGUCAGUACUCUUUAAAAAGGAUCUACAGGGCCAGGUGCAGUGGCUCACGCCUGUAAUCCUAGCACUUUGAGAGGCCAAGGCAGGUGGAUCACUUGAGGCCAGGAGUUGGAGACCAGCCUGGCCAACAUGAUGAAACCCCGUCUCUAGUAGAAAUACAAAAAUGAGCUGGAUGUGAUGGUGCACACCUGUAAUCCCAGCUAGCCAUGGGAGGCUGAGCCAUGGGAAUUGUUUGAACCUGGGAGGUGAAGGUUGCAGUGAGCCAAGAUCAUGCCACUGCACUCCAGCCUGGGCAACAGCGAGACUCUGUCUCAGUAAAUAAAUAACAAAACAAAACAGAACUGCAGUACUAACAGUAAUUUUUACAUUUUUUUAAUGAUCUGAGUAUGUUUUGACUGGGCUAAUGUUAACAAUAUACUUCCCCAAAAGUGUAGUUUUGAUUGUUGUUGGUGUCUUUGAGUCAGGAAAGUGAAUUGUGCCAACAAGUAUUGUUUAGUGACAUGAAUGGAUUCCUAUUAAUGCAAUUAACUGGAGAGAUUGUGCUGAUGCUUUCUUAACUGACAAAAGGAGGCUUUGUCCAACAUCAGAAUUGUUGAAACUGGUGUUGUUUUCUGUCGCACUGGGAUUCUGGUGAUCUGGGAGUGGUGUUUUUCCUCCCUGGUACCAUAAAUACCAUGGCUGUCUUUACCGAUGUCAUCAUAGUCCUUUAGUGAUAGAUUAGUUAGAACCAUGGUUGCAAUACCUUUAUGUCCCCCAAAGAACAGAAGCAAAAGCAUAAAAACUACCCUAUUUGCAGAAUAUUUCAUUGACAUUGAUUUGUCAUUAAUUCUGCCAGUGCUGAUCUCAUUCAGGCUUGGUAGAAACAGGUUCCUGUGUUUAGGGCAGAUCCCUAGCCUCUCGCUUACAGUGAAUUUGCAUGUCCUAGAUUCUGGUUAUUACUAGAGCAUCCAUUAAAGUCUGCCAAACUCAGGACAGAAAAAGAUAGCAGUGGACUUAAAAUUUUCUUUAGUUUAUAAAUUACAGCCAGUGGGGAAACACUAAUAGGUCAUGUGAUCUUACGGACCAGGAUUUUCUCUGUCUCUCCCCUUGGGUGUGUGUGGGUGCGUGUGUAUGAGACGAGGGCUGCCAGGAGGUAGCAACCACGUUAGAUUUUCUGUAGCCUUCCAGAAACACUGCAGCCCAUGAAACGGGAAUCUUGAUUUUGCUCAUAACAAACAUAACAGGAUGGAACAGUUAGUGGAUUGACUGUGUUUUGUUUUCACAAGUGUCCACCACUCCAUCUGCCCUGCAUGGAGAGGGCUCUCACUGCUAGGUCUAGGCUGAGCCAUCUGGAAGGAUCAAAGGGUGUGGGAGUCUCACCCGCUCUCAGUCUGCAGAAGGUCUGGAGGGUGGCAGCACAGCAGGACUUCCGCCUUCUGCAUUGCGCUGCACAGCCCCAUGGAACAGUGAGGCCCUUGGGGCCUUGCUUCUUGCAGCCUCUGGGGAGCAGAGUAGGUCACUGCCCUCUGGGGGUGUUUUGCAGUAGUUUUGUAAAUGUGUUGCUACAUAGUCAAGUUCCUUUGUGGCAAAGAAAUAUUUUGUUUUGUUCUUAGGAGUCAGCCCAUGUAAUGCCUCUUAGGCUUUCUUGCUUAGAAGAAAAAAGUCACCCUUUGUGGUUUUUAAAAGAAGAAGAAAGUUCUGUGCCGAUUUGUUCAUCCUCCUCCUUCCGCUUCCCUUUUCUCCACAUGCAGUCCUCAUUGGAGGCUCCUGCCAAACCUUCUUAACCAGAGAAGUAAUAGGUAUUUGUUAGACCUGGGUGUAUGUUUCGCAUUAUCCUUCACAUAUUUCACAUUUUCACCUAGUACUUUAUUAUUGCCUUUGUUGAAGUCCCCAUCCUCAUCUU